UCCAGACCAACCGCUAAACCUCCCGCAAGCGCUGGAGAAGAAGCGCUUGGAAUAUUUUCAAUUUUUCUCAUACCAGACGCCUAGUGAACUUGACAACCACUAGACUUACAUUUAACGACCAACCAGACAUCGUUUACAGUUAUUUCACUUGCCACAGAUUCAUCGUGUUAGAUUAUGCAUUCAGUAGAGGUGUCAAUCCCGUCUUUUCGAUCGGAGGGCAGUAAUGUGGAGAAGGGCUACACGGUUUUUAAGAUCGAGGUGCUCAUGUGUGGUAGACAGCACACUGUAGAGAAACGAUAUAGUGAAUUUCAUACCCUGCAUAAAAUGCUUAAAAAGAUCAUUAAACCUCCUGAAAUCCCUUCAAAGCAUGUGAGGAACUGGGUUCCCAAGGUUCUCGAGCAGAGAAGACAUGGAUUAGAACUUUACCUUCAGACUAUAAUCAUGGAAAAUGAGGUUCUUCCAAAGAUAUUCUUGGAUUUCCUCAAUAUCCGGCAUUUCCCGUCACUACCGAAAACAGAGAGUUGUGGGUCAUUCGAAACGGAAUCAGAGGAAUCAAGUAAACUGACACACCAGCCGGCGCUGCUCUUCCUGAGGGAUCCAUAUCUGCUGCCUGCCACCAAUGAUACGUUUUCAAAUAUGGUAAUUGAAGGCGUGAUACGUGGAAUAUUCUAUCCGGACUUCCAGCCGAGGUAGAUCUGAGCGAGCGCUGUGGAAAACAUCAACUCAUGUUUCACAGAUAAGAAGGGAUUCGUAUUACCGACACUAAAUAACCCAGCGCCAGUUUAAAGGAUUUGUUCAUUUUAUUUUGGUAUAAACACUCCAUAGAUUUUUUGCACAGUAUUUAGUGUCACUGAUAUUCGUAGGCUGUAUACACAGAAUUUCAUAGUGAUAAUUCACCAAAAAUAACAAUUCUAUCAUCAUUUAUUCACCCUCAUUUCAGUCAUAACCUGUAUACGACAUUUUCAUCUGUGGGUCAAAAAGAAGCUAUUUUCAGACAUGUUUCUAUACAAUGGGGUUAAGUGUUGUUUGGGUACCAGCAUGCUUCAAAAUAUCUUCUUUGGUGAUCUGCAGAAGAAAAAACACUCACUCGGGUUUGAAAUGGCUUAAGGAUGAACAAAUGAUGAUAGAUGAUAGGUCUAUUAUUUCUGUAAAUGAUCAUAUUGAGUGUCAAAUCAAGGUCUCGUUUAAUCUCAAAUAUCAAGUGUGAAGUACCUCAGCAAACAUUUGCACAUCUUCUGUAAAACAGAACAAAACAUGCUGUGAUUUGAACUAAUUUUACAUGAAAUCUCAUCCACCGACUGAGAUGAAUUUGAUCAGAGCAUUGAACCGUUUCGUUUUCCAAUGGAAUCGUUUGUUUUUGUACCUUUUUCGAGUUUCUGAUGUGAAAAUUAAUGAUAACCAGCCUCGCUUAUGGUGAACAAAAAGGGAACAAUUGUGUAAACCAAAUGUAUGUCUAAGUCAACUUAUGUGUCUCUAUUUACCAUGUUAUUGCCCAAAACUUGAAAGAGUAAUAGUUGUUACCAAGCUUGCUUCUAUAUUGGACCAAGGAAAAAGAUUAUUGGUAGAUUAUUAUUAAAAUGCAGUUUAGUCUUGGAGUAACAUGAUAAUUUUAGGAAACGAAUUUGUGUAACAUGAGAGCAUUUGAACACUAGCUUUUAAAAGCUUUUACACUACUGUUAAAAGCAAUAGUGGUGAUAAUGUGACGAGAGCUAAUAUGAUUUACAGCAAACCCCAUCUGCUAAAACACUGAGAGUGAAACUGACACAUGAUAUUUUUUUACAUACUGAUACCAUUUCAAGCAGUUAUACUUACUUUGUUAUGUGUUUGUUUUUAUUACGACGUCUUAAUUGUGCGUAUAAAAUAUGUGCCAUGUGAUGUGCGUGUAACUCUUGACACUUUUGAUUGUUGUCAAUGCACUUUAACAUUGUUGAAAAAAGAGUUUAACUGAACAUUGUUUUUAAAAAUGACAGCAAUAAAACAUCACACAUUCAUUCAUUAAA